AUGGGGCUGUUGGAUAGUGGGGCCACUCAUGCACUACGACCGGGCACUGUGGAGGAGAAGAAGAAGGCCGCGAAGGUGGAAGUUGCGCUGGCCGGGGACACCAAGAUUGAGUUGCCUCAGUCGGACAAGGGAACGAUCUUGGGGGACAACCAAGCUCAACCAAUUGUGCCCCUUGGAACCCUUGUUAGACAGCUGGGGUAUGAGUUCGUCUGGAACGCGCGCGGAUGCAGAUUGAGACACCCCAGCCGACCUGAAGUACAAGUCUACACGCGGUCGUCGUGCCCGGAAGUCCGAGAGUGUGAUGCUCUGAGGCUCAUUGCGGAGUUGGAGGGCACCAAGGCCGAUGAAGCGCUGAGGACCAUGCAGGAGCUGGAGACGUCGAUCAAGGUGGCAAGGUCGCAUGAGGGAAGGAACUGGGCGGAUUUCUUGAAGGACUACGUCGUAACGGGGGAUCCCUCUGAUGGUCUGCGAGCCGUUCUGAGUGCGGAGUUCAUGUCAGACGUGCCGUUUGAGGACAAGAUCCGGAUCUUUGAGAAAGUCCCGCAAAGCAACGAGGAGGCCUGGAAGUUGAUGAAGUCGCUCCCAUUGAAUCGCGCAAGACGGAGAUCCUUGUGGGCAAGCCGCCGAUGGAUUGUGCACUUGUUCUCCGGGAAGGGGGAAUCCUCAGAUCCGAUCAAGACCUUGACCGGGUGCAGGGUUCAGGGUCCACGGGGUGAAACACGUGAGGCAUCUAUGGCAGAAGUGCUGGAGAUUGACCUUACUCAGUCCAAAUCGUGGGACAUCGCAACCAACGGCGGCAUCUUCGCGCUGCUCUUGUGGGCGGCCUCACAGGGGAAGAUACAUGCCAUUGUGGGGGGACCGCCUUGCAGGACCUUUUCCCUUCUACGACAUCGCGAACUGCAGGGGCGUAACAAUGCACCACGGCCGGUGAGGUCGGCGCAACAUCUUUGGGGUCUUCCUGGGCAACUGACAAGGGAUGAAGAAGCACUGGUGAGAGGUGACAACAACCUGAUCUUGCGCAUGGUGUGGCUGUGGCUGGUCGCAGAAGCAGGCUUGGACAUGUGUUACCCGAGAAGGGAUAGGGGUCCGGCAGUGGCGUUUGGCAUGGAACAUCCCGACGACCCGCGCGAGUUCUUGCAGCCCGGAGCAGUGUCCAAUGAGAUCAUGGAGAAGUGUGCAUCGUUUUGGAGAACGAAGUUGGUCGAGCACAUGAAGAACAACGGCAUGCACAUGUACCGGUUCGAUCAAGGCGCACUUGGGCAUCCUCAAAGGAAACCGACGGGGUUGAUAACUACCAUGGAGUUGGACGAGAUCAGUGGCUUGAAGGAUACGAGGCGCGAAUGGCCGGAACCCGAGAACUCGAAGGACAUGGCUUCUUGGGCUCCGGGACUACGAGAGGCACUGGCGAAGGGGAUCCGUAGAUGGGCAUGGAGAGGCGAAAUCUCUGUGGCGAUGAACACCUUCACCCCGAAGCAGCUGGAAGAAUGGCGACGUCACGUUGAAGCGGGGCAUUGGCCGUUUAGAAGAGAUUGCUCGGUAUGCUUGUCGGCGGCGGGAACGGGGCGGCCGGCGAGAAGGGUGCUUCACAGGGAUGCCUACGUCUUGAGCCUGGACAUUGGUGGCGCAUUUGCUGAAAAGGGAAUAGACGAGCGGAAUGACAAUGGGAGGGCCAGCAAGUACAAGUUCGUUUUGGCCGCUACCUAUGUGUUCCCGAAGGCCUUUGAUGUGAUCUCCAAGGACAUGCCAAUACCUGAUGACAUUGAUGAGUUCGCAAUACCUCUCGCCAAGCACAAGGGUGCGGACAUCCUCGCGGCGGUCCAGGACCUCUACAUCUACCUCAGGGCCAAUGGGUUUCCACUGGCCAGGAUACACUCUGACAGGGCACGUGAGUUCAGGACUAAGCAACUGCGAAAGUGGUGCCGGGAGCGGGACAUCUACCAGACCUACACGGAGGGUUUGGCCCCGACGCAGAACGCCAUGGCAGAGAAUCAGGUGAAGUGGCUGAAGGCUCGGGCACGUGUGUUGCUCACGGCUUCCGGCUUGAACAAGAAGUACUGGCCAUGUGCAAUGAAGCAUGCGUGUGCAGCGCACAACAAUCGUCAGCUUGGAAAGACAAUGACGCCGAUUCAGUUCGGGUCCCAAGUGAUGGUGAAGACAAAAAAGGAUGUGGGGCCUUUCGACCCAAGGUGGGAGGAGGCAGUGUACCUGGGUCCGGCCGAUGAUGUGCGUGAAGGGCAUGUACUUGAACUGGCGGAUGGAACCUGGCACAGAACGUUGCACAUGAGAGUGGUUCGGGAUGAUGAAGUACCCUCUGGUGGAGAUGAACCAUGGGUGGCAGAUCGCGUAGAUCCAGGACGGCGAGUUCGUGGAAAGAGGCGAUUGGAAGAUCCAGAUGGCCCGGGAGUACGUGUGCUACAAGAAGGGCAAGGAGAUGGAGACGAGGAGAUCGCGGAGCAAAGGGCCCACGACAAACUUGAAUAUGACAAGUACGAGGACGAGGAUGCGCUGGAGAUCGUCCGAGCACUUCAGUUGACAAGUGGUCCGAAAAAGAGGGGAACACAGGGCUUUGAUUGGUGUGGAAGUUGGAGCACGGGGGCCUACGUCCACGGAGGAGUCUGGGGCGUGCAAACCAACACGACCAAGUUCCCAAAGGUCACCCGUUUCCUCACCACCUUCCUCAGGAACAAGAUGAAGGAGCCAAUGCCGUUCGGAACCAUCGUCGUGAACGUGAACCAGGAGCUACUACCUCAUCGUGACCUACACAACGAGCGAGAGUUCGCGAACUCGGUGUACGGCAUGGGUGACUUUUCUGGAGGAGAAGUGUGGGAGCAGACGUACCUGGAAGAAAACACGGCGCUGGAUGUGUACAGGGCAACACCCAAGGGAUUGGUGCGUGGAAGAACUCUGGACGUGAAGGGCAAGAUCCAAGCUCUGUGGGCUCACAGGUGGCACGCGACGAUGCCGUGGACAGGAACCCGAGUCACCGUGGUGGGCUAUGUUCCAAGGAAGUUCAAGAAUGUGGGAUCUGAGAACUACAACCUCUUGCGGGACAUGGGUUUCAUGGUGCCUGUUGGGGCAGAUGAGGAGGAGGAAGACGAUGUUCAGGAGCCGCAGCAGAAGGUAUUGCAGGGGAACGACAUCGAGAAGGGUGGUGGUUGGAAUGAAAGUGUUCAUGUACCCGGGGGACAUGUGGAGCUGGGAGUGCACUGGACAAUGAAGUUUGUGCGUGAAGGGGAUGGAGGCGAGGGUGAAUUGAGAGCAACACCAACGUUCCCCGUCCAGGACCAUGUUCGUGAAAGAGUACAAGAACGACUUCUAUGGGCACGAGAACUGCUGGAGGAAGAAAGGGCGAUAUGGGAAAGACAAGAGAGGCAGACGGGCAUUGUGGAUGAGCAUGUGAAGACCGUCAUCAACAACCUGGAAGAGACCGUCGCCUACAUGGAGCUCUAUCUCAUGCAGGACAACCAAGCUCAUGUGGAUGAAGUUCGCUUGAAAAUGCUGCGUGUGAACAAGGUUUCGGUGGAGGAAGCGGUGACCCAGAAUGUGGAGCAGCUGCUGCAAGGACUUGAAGGGCCCUUGGAAGUGGUGCACAACGUCAGCCUACAGGAGGUAAGAGAGCACUUGACCGACUGGGUGCCGAGCAUGAAGAAGGAGAUCGCGACGCUGGAGACAUCCGGGACUUUGAGACCAAUACCUUUGUCUCAGGCAAAGCGGCAAUCUGAAGCGGGUGAGUUGAUCUUGGUGCCGGGCAAAACUGUGUUCACGGUGAAGCCGCCGGAGGAUGUGAAUCAGAGCAAAUACAAACGGAAAACCCGUUUCGUAAUAUGCGGGAAUUUUGUCAAGGAUGGUGACACCACGGAGCUCUACACCGCGAAUGCAAAGGCCGAGAGUGUGAGAUGUUCACUGGCGACUGCGGCGAGUCGAAACUGGGAAGCAGCUGGAACGGACAUUAACAGCGCCUUCACCUUGACACCGAUGACGGAGAGUGCUACGCAAUACGCGGUGACGGCUCCGAAGAUUCUGGUGGAAGCUGGUGUGGUGCCCCCGGGAACAGCGUACAAGGUGGAUCGAGUCUUGUAUGGCUUGCGAGAGGCUCCUCGUCUGUGGGGAAUCUUUCGGGACAGGCGGAUUCGCAACGCCCGCCUGACGGUGGAUGGGCGCGACAUGAAGUUCAUGCAGCUUGAAACGGACGAGUCGGUGUGGCGUUUGCAUCCGGUGGAUGAUCCACAGGAGACCAUCGCGAUGAUGGUGGUUUAUGUCGAUGACGUGUUGUUCCUCGGCAAGCGGGCCCACAUCGAGGAGAUGUACUCAUGGCUGGUGAAUGGAACUGAGGAGGAGGGCGCUGGAUGGAAAUGCAGUCCGCUGGAGUUUGUGGGAAAGGACCCUAUGAAGGACGGAGGGAUCGCCUAUCACGUGUGUCAAGGGGGCUACAUUGGAGAUCUCCUGCGUGAGCAUGGUGUGGAAACAUGGACUCCGUCGUUGGUACCUGCAACCCGGGAGGCAGUGCCACAGGUCCCCGAGCCGGAGGAUGGAGCCGAGGAGGCAGAGCCGGAUCCUUCGGCGGUGCAUGCUGCUCAGAAACUGGCUGGGGAACUGUUAUGGCUCAGUAUGCGGACUCGACCUGACGUGAGCUUUGCUGUGGCUCAUGUAUGCAGUGCCGCUACCCGAUGUCCUGAGGCUGCGCUGAAACUGGGGCGCAUGGUGUUGCGCUAUCUUCGUGACACAGUGGACCUCGGCUUGACCUACGAUGGCACAGGACCGACUGUGCUGGCUUAUUCAGACGCCAGCUAUGCGCCGGGAGGCGGACGCAGCUUCGGAUGUGCUGCGACGAUGUUGCAUGGAGGAUUUGUGGCUUGGAGAAUGGCGCGACAACCCGUGAUAUCUCUCUCGGUGGCGGAGGCGGAGUUGUAUGAGGUCAUCAAUGCCUACCAGCAAGCCAUGAGCAUCAAGGAGUGGAUCAAGGAGAUUCAUCCGAAGGUGGACGUCACCAUGUUGAUCGACAACCUGGCGGCACUGGGGCUCGCGUCAAGUUCCCCGGGAAGCUGGAAGACACGUCACCUUAGGAUACGGGCGCGAUUCCUGCGUCAGGAAACAGCGUCGGGGCGUCUGGAGCUGAAGCACUCCCCGGGGGAAGUGCAGGCGGCGGACAUGGGAACGAAGGCAGUUCCUGCACCACGACUGCGUGAUCUUCGUGUUCUUUGGAAGAUGAUGACAGUUGGAGAGUUCCUGGAGGGCCCGAAAGAGGUGAUCCUGAACGGGGUCAAGGUGCCGGAGUUGGAGGUUCGCUUCAACCAGAUGAGGAUCAUGAUGAUGUUGGUGGUAUGUGCCUUGGUAAAGGGCACGCAGGGAGCAGAGCUGCCCCAGGAGCCUAAGAAGGACCCUCUGCCCUACGACGCUGGAAUCGAGUUCUAUGGCUUGAUGAUGCUUUGUGGUGUGGCGAUGAUUGGAAUCUGGGAGGUGAUGAAGUGGUGCCUUGGAAGAUGCUGUGGUAGUGAUGAGGCUACAGUCCGAAGGGCCCGGAGACUUCUGCGAAUCCGAGAUCAGACAACGAGAGCCCUUCAAGAGGAGCUGAUGGGAUCGCGGGCGGAAGAGGUGCAGUCCUCGCCUCCUGUGAGUCAGGGUUCUCCUGUGGCUAUGUCAUCGUCGUCGUCAGCUACUGCGCCAACUACACGAUUGGUGGAAAAUGUGGAGCCAGCUCGGACAACCACGGCGGUUGCCGAGGAAACACAAGUGGGCCAAGUGCCCGACCCGCCUCGUACGAGGCAGAGCCCCGAGUACGACUUCGAGCUCUUCACAGGUGUCUUCUACAAGUCUGAACGUGGAGAAAAGGUGCACUUGUUCCACUGCCGUGGAAUGAGGGAAGUCCGGUCGCGCGUGACGGAGUACCAGGUCAUCGCGCCUUUCUGCGUCUUCACCGUGGUGUUGUCCCUGCUCAGACGCCUGGACAUUGCGGUGGACAUGAGCCUUGUCUACGGUGACACAAACGUCGUGCCCAUGGUCGUCACGGGCCUCGUGUGGCUCCGAGGCAUUCCGCCAACUCCCAAACUCCGCCUCCUACUUUGGCUCCUCCUUGCAGCCUGGUUCGGCUACACCAUCGUCCGGCACCUCGUGGUUCAGAACUGGCGCUUUGUGGAGGAGGUGUGGUUGAACCACAUGGUGUUCGUGACGAUGAUGUCCAUGGCCCUGCGACUACCGAGAGCGCUUAUCUUCGUCAACAUGAUCCUACACACAGUUCUCUUCCUGUCGCUGACCAUAUACCAUGGCACGUCUGAGACCAGCGUGUCCCCCGGGAUGCAGGUCCUGCUGGUGUCGAUCAUGAUGCUCUGUAUGCAUUACAGCGCUGUACUUACGAACAUCGUGUCGAGCAAAGCCAACGUCGAGUACGCUUUGGUGCAGGCCGAGUUUACCAGGGUGAAGACCGAGAAGCGGGCGCUAGACCUAGAGGAGGAGAAGGCGCGGCGAGAAAAGGAGUUGGCCGAGGCGCAGGCCAAGGAGGCCUUGGCGCAGGCGCGGGCCGCCGAGGAAAGCGCUCGAGCCAUCGAGAAAAUGCACGACGCCUUUCGUGAUCUUCUGACUCUGCUUUGCGAUGCCGUCGUGGAGAUCGACGGCGACAUUCGACUGCUGGAUCCUGGCAAGCUUUGCCUUGUCCUCUUCCAGGAUCACAAGAAGGAUCUGAUGUCCAGGGAUCUCAGGAACUUCCUCUCCAAGGACGACGUUCCGCGCUUCGAAGAGUGGGUGCAAACCCGGGAAAUGCACACGAACCCGAUAUCGGUUACCAUGAUCGACUCCUACUCCAUUCGUAUCCGGAUGACGAUCUACAUCGUUGCCAUCGACCACCCAGGGGACGCCCCGACGUACGUCCUUGGAAUGACGGAAUCGCAGGACGAUGGUCGCGAGCCGGAGCUUCAUGUGGUUCCACCGCCACCUGUGCCGCCUCCCACACAGGACUUGCCAGUGUUUAGAGUCGAACGGCCCGAGGAGCUAGCUGCGCCGAUGUCCGUCGCCAAAGCGACACCGCCCAUAAGAGAAGGCACCCACCCAGCCUACACAGAGAUCCAGCCCAUGGACAAGCAAGAACGCCUGCAGUCGCUGCUGGUCUCCUUAGCUUAA